GAACAAAUGCAAGUGUGCAUUAAUCACCUCUAGGAUAAUUUACUAGUAAGGCCAAGUUGAAACUCUCAAAUUUUGAAAUAAUAAAUCUUUCAAUUAUAAUCACAUUAAUCACCUCUAGGAUUUAGCCGGCCCUAUGGCUUUCUCCUCUCCCAUGAGAGAGCUUCCUCUGCAGCCUAAUGGGAACUGCUGUCAGGCACUCCCAAAUGCUGUUUUACGUCUUCUUCCUGCUGCCUCACCUCCCCUCCCCUGGCUUUUGAAAUUCAUUACGGCUUGGGUGGAUAGCAGUGUUUUUCAGGUGAAAUCUCCUCUUGAGACCCUCCUUGGAUUGUUUGGCUGUUGGGUAUCAGGGUUUAGAAUUAAUUUCCAGUCUUGGGUGGCUCCAAUGGCUGGUGCUGUUUUGAUGUGGGAGAUCUCCAUGGUGUCAAGGUUUGGAAACGCACUAGUUCUAGCUGUUGGACUGGAUGGCAGUGCUUAAAGGAUUUGCAGUUUACGCAGGUGUUAGGGUCUAGAAGCUGGUUUGGUGGUAGUUUUCAUAUUCUAAGGUGGAACUUAUAAAUAGAUUUUCAUCUCCUACUUACAUAUUCCCUGAUACAACCUACAUUUUAAGGAGUAGGUUUGGUGUUAUUGAUGACAAUGAGGAUUCAAGGAUUGGUAGUG